CAGCUAAUCCACGCAAAUAGGGAUCAGCUUAUUGCUUUUUUUCGUUAGUUGUUACUUCAUUCGAGUAACUUGCGUUGCGGAACUCCACAUUCUGUAUUUCCAUCUACGCGAUCUCACGUCAGUUCAAGUUUAUCGACCAAUUUCUCACGCCCACCAAAAAAUUGUUUUCAAGUAUUUCUUAUCUGCUUUUGACCUGUUUUAUCCAUUAAAAUGAUCACUUUGAAUGAACUAGAGACUUGGAGAGUGGGCGCAAUACCUGUCAUGCAUGUAUCAGUCCAGUCGCAGUAAACUUGUUUGUUCAAAUUUUUGUAGUUUCGGCCUCAUGGAAACAUCCGGCCAUAUAACCUAAUUUUUGUUAUUAUUAUUUUUAUUAAUUUGCCUCUCCUUUUACUUUAAUUCCUUUGUUUUGGGGUAUGACUGAGUCUGCGAACAUUAUUUGCGCCUCAAUACGUAAAUUUCUUGGCCUCCGCAAAAGGGCGAGGCUUGAGAAACGCUAGCCAGAGGGUGAUCUGGUACUUGUGCCAGACCCCUUGCAGACCUCUCGCAGGCUCGCUUCUCCUAAGGCAGUUCACUUAAUUGAGGGCGAAGGAACGCUUGUGUCGCAGCGCUAAUAAUAAUAAGGGCCUACUCGCAGACUACUUCAGUAGCGAUGUAUUACAUGGCCUAUCAAUUUUGCAGCUAUUCAGUCAAGACUGACAAACGUGUCAGCCAGUGAACGACAUUCACUGAUCAAAGACCCAACUUCAGUCAUGCAGUUCAGUUGCCCUUCCUGUAUUUGAUACACCUGUGAAGCUUCUUGCGUGAAAAGUCAUUCGAUAAACUACUGUCAGCUAUUGGCUCCGCAGAAUCACAAAAAUUAUCAUUUCUAGUGAAUUCAAUCUCGAACCAUUAGAAAACGAUCACUUUCUUUAUCAUGCAAUGUUUACUAGGAUCAGUUUGUUUUCAGCGAAAAUGUAAAUAUGAGACUAUGAUGUUGACUAUCCAAUUUUCUUAGCCCAGUUCAGACGCUAUGCUUCUCUCGACCUUAAUCGGCCAAACUCCAGUAAUAGGAGUUUUUCUCCCAAGGUAAUUGAUGAACACAUGUUUGUUCAAUUAAUUUGUCAGCGUCGUUCUUUAGGAACGAUGCCGGUCGCUGAGUAAAUGGGCAAAUUAUGAAUAACAAAUUUAGUGAAGCACGGUGGCUAAACAAUAGUGACACUUUAUUGUAAUGAGUUCAUGAGUGUUAUGACUAAAAUAGAAUGUGGACACGCGAAAAAUCUUGUUGGAAGGCUCGAAUAACAAAGGUUGUUCACAGACAUUCGAAAUACUCGGUUCAGUGUUGAAAAUCAUUCCUUCAGUGGAUCAGUUAUAGCAAUCACCUGCACUUGGAGCAAGUUUUUGGACAAAGAUUCACGAUGAAAUAUCUCUGUGAAGUUCUUCUCUUCUGUUUUUUCGUGACGGCGCUUUCGAACUCGACUAAACUGUCGUCUAAACCAGCAAGAACCGAUAACGAUACGAAACACCAUCCGCAUUUUGGUGUCAAUAAUAACUAUUUCUACGCUGGUCCCAACUCCAAGAAAAUAGAAAAUAUGUUUUCCAACAUUCAACAACAACUGACCAAACUUGAACAAGAAAUCCGAAACAUAAAGAAGAACCAAACUUGUCAGAAGCAAGAUGGGAAAGCUGUUAAUAAGAACUGCGCCGAAGUUUACAAGUCAGGCGACAAGAUCAGUGGUGUAUACAAAAUCGAUCCUGAUGGUUUGGGAGAAUUUGAAGUCUUCUGUGAUCAGACAACAGCCGGUGGAGGAUGGACGGUGUUUCAAAAGAGAUAUGGUGGUGCAGUAGAUUUUUUCCGAGGCUGGAAUGUCUACAAACAGGGCUUCGGCAAUCUGAACGGCGAGUUUUGGCUCGGACUGGACAAGAUUCACCGCCUGACUGCGAGGAGCAGUAACAAGCUUCGUGUUGACUUGGAAGACCUUCAUGGUAAAACAGCGUUUGCAGAGUACAGUUCAUUUUCUGUGGCAAGCGAAAGGGCGAAAUACCUGCUGGGUUUAGGAGUUUAUUCAGGCACGGCUGGUGAUUCUCUCAGUUAUCAUCGCGGCUUACCAUUCACCACUAAAGAUCGAGAUAAUGACGCCGACUCAAGAAACUGUGCCUCCAUGUAUACGGGCGCUUGGUGGUACAAGAAUUGCCAUUUCUCAAACCUCAAUGGCCUCUACAUGAAUAAUAAAAAUGACGGCAAAGGAAUGGCGUGGUAUCACUGGAAAAAAAAUUAUAAAUCUGUUAAGAGGUCUGAGAUGAAAAUCCGUCCAAAGGACUUCUAAGGUUCAUCAUACUUUGAUAGUGUCAAAAGAUGAAUAUGUUCUCAGCAGAUAUUUAAGGGUUGAUGUAUUUUAGUUUUAAAAGUAAAGUUUUCAAAAAAAUCAGAAGUGCAUGAUUAUUAAUCAAAGUUAAAACCGCUGACGAAGCCAUAAAAAUAAAAUACUUCUAUGAAAGAGAUGUAGAUGUAACUAAGCUU